ACGUCUUUGAGCAGCUGAGAAUGGACGAGCCGAGCUCGUCUUCGUCGACAUCCUCAUUGGCCCGACGAGCUCGCCAGCCGGGCGGCUUUGACAGCGACGAAUUCGACUCCUUUCGUCGUUCCGCAUGGCUCUUGCUGCUGGACCUCUCCUACUUGGAACCUCGUCUGGAGGAAGCACGCAAGAGGAGAGUAAAGGCCGCUUCGUCUGUUUCCGUCUCUGAGAAGAUCGUCGAGCAUGCUGGCCUGCACGCAGACUACAUCAAGCUCGACUCGCAAGGAUGGCAGAUCAGCAACGGCUCCAAUGGCCUAGCUCAUGACGAAGAGGAGGGCGAAGAAGAGGAAGAUGACGGGUGGCAGAUGGCGAGCAGCAAGAAAAGUCGAAGAAGGCAGGCGCGAGAGCAAGGUUCAGGCCGAGACCGACGGGAGGCGAGCGUAGGCCAGUCCGUCGAUACUUCCCGCACGGCAACUUCGAGUGAUGAGCAUGGCGGGAGGGACAAGGUUGACGACGAGAAAGGAACUAAAAAGAGCCGAAAGAAGAGCGGCAAGAAGAAAAGGAGAGCUGAGCAGAGACCAUCCGAAGAGAUACAGCAUCUCAAUCAGGAAAGCGUAGCGAGAGCAGACACAGAAGCGCCCCACAAGGAUGAGGAACAGGUCGGCCUCGACAUCAGGCGAAGUUUCGUGGGCUUCAAAGAGGGUCCUCUUGCCGAUGUCAAGCUACGCGAAGAGAGACGCCGGCAGCUCCAAGACGUAAUACGCGCUGUUCUUCGGCGGAGGAGAGGUCUUCAUUAUUACCAGGGGUAUCACGACGUCAUCUCCAUCUUCCUGCUCGUCCUCGUGCCGCCUCGGGCUUCGCCGGAGAGAGGCAUACAGCUUGGAGAGCAGGAGCGAGAUCUCGAACUCUGGUCCAGCCCUGAAGAGCUUGAGUGUGUGGUCGACGUGUGCGAAAGGGUCAGCUUGCACUAUCUGCGCGACAGUAUGACGACCAAUCUAGACCCUACUUUGGGCCAGCUCAAGUUGAUGCGCAACCUUCUACGAGAGGCCGAGCCACGCCUAGCUCGCCGCAUUGAGGUGGCCUCACCUCUGCCCCACUUUGCCAUUUCCUGGCUCAUCUCCUUCUUUUCCCACGACGUGCCUCUGGAGCAGAGCCGUCGGAUCUUCGACUUUAUCCUCGCAAGCGCAAACGGCCCUGCCAGCAUUCUUUACAUUGCCACCGCUCUUGUCAUUUGGAACAAGGAUCUGAUCAUGGGCGAUGCCAGGGACGACGAGUCAGCCGACCCGGCAGAGCUGCACCAUCUCCUGUCCAAGCUGCCCAUGACGCUCGAUCACGGUCGAACCGCAUCGCUGUUUCAAGACGAGACGGAAGGGCUGUCGCUCCCUUGUACAGCUCCAUCGGACCAAGACGGACAGCUGGCCUGUGUGCUCGAGCUGGCCGAUGACUUGGCGAAUCGAUAUCCCCUCGACAAGGCACCUCUGCCGGCUGCCAAGAAAAGAGUCGACGCCGUAAUGGGCCCAAGAUCUGUUCUGAACACCUGGUCUCAAUUGCCACAUGUGCAAUCAAAGCAGCAGCCACCGACGCACCGAGGUGGGACGGAGGCCUCUAAUCAAUGGCAGCAGGCAGAUGCGUUUGCCGAGACGAUUCUGGAGAAGUCGUCAAGUGACGUUUCCAUUGUCGUGGUUGAUGCCAUGCCCUCACCACCACCCUCACCGACGUUGGAGAUACCCCCUGGAAAGGAAAAGGCAUCGUCAAAGGGAGGGCAGAGGAGGAAGGCGGGGAGGAGGGAAUCAAAGAGGUCUACGGCAGCUCUUGUCUGGGUUGGCGCUGGUGCUGUGGGCGUCGUCAGCGCGGCAGCUCUCAUCAUGUACGGCUCCGAAGCCAUUACCUCGGGUGAUUUACGCUGGGCUGGUCAGCCCUUAGUUGAGGCCAUCUGGAAAAAUGUACGGCUCUGAAAUUCGAGCACUCUAUAAUAUUACAGCAGAGGCGU